GAUGAGUCCUAUCAUUAUUUUUGAAAGGAAUCGUGUGUUUUAUGACGUUAAUGUUUAAAAUUUACUAUCCUAGUUAGUAAUUAAUCAUGUUGUCCGUUAGUAAAGUGUGCACCCAUGGAUACUUCCAAAGGGUCUGCUGUCGUCAUUUUGGGUCAGUGCUACCCGAAGCUGGAAUCAGUGAUUUCGGCGUAAAAAAUGAACCUGUUCUUGGUUAUUUACCAGGAAGCAAAGAGCGAUCUGAAAUCGAGGCAGCGCUUAAAAAAGUCGGUAGCACUACCGAGGAAGUUCCUAUCAUUAUUGGUGGUGAAGAAUUCAAGACAAAACAUGUUGUCCACCAACCGAUGCCACAUAAUCACCAGAAGAAAAUUGCUAAAUUCUACUAUGCUACACCUGACUUGGUUCAAAAGGCCAUCGACACAGCAGUUGCUGCCCAGCCCAAGUGGGAUGCUGUACCUUUAUCGCAGAGGCUUAAAAUUUGGGAAAAAGCGGCAGACCUCAUGGCAACGAAAUAUCGAGCCGAACUGAAUGCGACGACAAUGCUUGGUCAGGCGAAAACUGUUAUUCAAGCUGAAAUUGACUCAGCUGCUGAAUUAAUCGACUUCAUCAGAUUUAACGCUUUCUUUGCAAAAGAAGCAACCAAAUACCAACCAAUCAGUGAAGAGCCGAAAGUUACUCUGAACUCUCAGAGGUAUCGAGGUUUGGAUGGGUUUGUUGCAGCUGUCUCUCCAUUCAACUUUACUGCAAUCGGUGGAAACUUAUCCUACACUCCAGCUUUAAUGGGAUGCGGUGUUUUAUGGAAACCCUCUGAUACAGCUUUACUCUCUAACUAUGUGAUUUACAAAAUCAUGACAGAAGCAGGAGUACCUCCUGGCGUUGUAAACUUUGUUCCUGCUGAUGGCCCCGUUUUUGGUGACACCAUCACGAAAUCUCCCUUCCUCGCUGGAAUUAAUUUCACUGGAUCUGUCCCGACUUUCAACCGAUUAUGGAAGCAAGUUGGGCAGAACAUUGACAGUUAUGUUAACUUUCCAAGAUUGAUUGGUGAAUGUGGUGGAAAGAACUACCAUUUUGUCCACCCAUCAGCCAAUGUUGAGAGCGUUGUGAAUGGAACUAUUCGUUCUGCAUUUGAAUUCUGUGGUCAGAAGUGCUCGGCCUGUUCAAGAGCUUACAUUCCCGCUUCAUUGUGGCCCAAGAUCAAAGAGGGCCUAAUUGAAACCAGGAAGCUUCUAAAAAUUGGCGAUGUUGAAGAGUUUGACUCCUUCACUUCAGCUGUAAUCGACAAGAAAGCAUUUGACCGGAUCAGCGGUUAUAUUGAGCAUGCCAAAAAAUCUCCCAAUUUGGAAAUUGUUGCAGGAGGACAGUAUGAUGACAGUAAAGGAUAUUUCAUCCAGCCAACCAUCGUUCAAACUAAAGACCCCAAGGACAAAAUAAUGACUGAAGAAAUUUUUGGCCCAGUAUUAACGAUAUAUGUCUAUGAGGACAAGGAUUUAGACUCAGCUUUGAAACUCGUUGAAAGUUCUACACCUUACGCUCUUACUGGUGCUGUGUUCUCUCAAGAUGAGCAAUUCCUGAAAAGGUGUUUGACUGAAUUGAAGUAUUCGGCUGGUAAUUUCUACAUCAAUGAUAAAUCCACCGGUUCAGUAGUUGGACAGCAACCUUUCGGUGGCAGCAGAAUGUCAGGAACUAAUGACAAAGCUGGUGGACCGCAUUACAUUCUGCGUUGGGCAACUCCACAAUCCGUCAAGGAGACAUUUGUUCCAUUGAAAGAAUGGAAAUACCCAUAUAUGGGUUAAGCUUUUGCUUCUGAAAUCAAGACUGUGAUAUAUUCAAAUUCAAAUGAUCUAAGAAAAGGUUCCGCAACUGUUCUAAGUAAUAUUUCCGCAUAGACCCCCUUUUCCUCUGGCUAUUGCUACGGUGACGAAUCUAUUGUCUGGUACUAUUUGGAUGGUUAGGUGAUGACGACACAAUAAUUUUUUCACAGAUACAGCAUCUGCUGUGCAUUUUUAAAGAAGAGUAUUUUUGUAAGUCCUAAUUAAGAGAUACUUUAUUUUGUUACUCGUCCUCGGAGUUUUUGGUUUUGUGGAUUCAACAUAUCGCAGACCUCAAGUCUUUUCCUUAUUCGUUUCUGCUCUCUUUGCUUUCCAACAACGGCAUUUUGCAAGAGAGUGAGGUUUUUGUGAGGAAAUUUUACUGGGAGAAAAAUCUAUUAAAAGCAAAGCAUUUGUUUUUUGAAGAGCUUAGGCACUAAACUGACCUUGAAAUAACUUUUUUAAAUUCCUUUACAGUGCGAUGAAUCAGUUUGUAAUUGGAGACGACAAAAUCAUACUCCUAAUUAAUUGCCCUUCAAAAGCCCAAACUGGAAUCUCAUUUGUUCAAUUCUUUUGAGAAGGAAAGAAUAGACAAUAAAUACACAUUGCUGAGAAUAUGAUUGCACAUUUCUUCACAGACUGGAGGAGUACAGGGCCCGAAUUUUGUUGACAGAUUUGUGGUUGGCUGCAAGUUGAGGCAGGAAUGUUGACUUAGUUAUUUGAUCGCUGAUUAAUGGUUUGCACUGUUUAUAUUUUAAGAAUGGCUGGAACCUGCUGUAGAAAAUGAUCAACUUGUGUAUAAUUUGAGACCAGAACGUAAUUUUCCCGGCUUCAAGUCGAAUUUAUAGGGCAGGUUUUGCAAUUUGUGGUCCAUCAUUGUCAACAAAAUUCGGGCCUUUAUCUUUGGGAGAAUGCAAGCAUUAUUUUGAUGUUUGUCAAUUAAUUAAGAUAAAUUUGAAAUUUUACUAGGGUUGUUUUGUGAAGAUGGAUUUCUAAAAGGAGAAAUUGACUGGGAGAAAAGAUCAAAUUGAUUUGAGGUCCUGACAAAGUUGAGGUUGUAAUUUCAGUGGAAAAUGUUUCAUUGAUUGACACAGUCCUCUCUAUAGGGUGGCUUUUAAGGCUCGCACUUUUCCUUUUAUUUGGAUACUUUGACCUCGAAAUUUCUUAUUCUAAUUCCUAGAGGAGGAUCCUUUUCUUGUGAGCACUAUGUGUACCUUAAAAUUAGUUCAAGUAAAACUCGGACCGGAAAGCCUCAUAAUCAUAACCAUUUUGAUAUGCAUUGAAUAAUACUUGCAUUCAUUGAUCCCAAUCACUCAAGUCUAGGUAUGGCAGUGGGCAAGUAAUGUAGGGUCACUCUCAAGAAUUUUGUGUGUCAGGUAGUUGAAUUGAGCGUUUAAAAAAUACCAGCAUUAACUAGGCAGAUAAGCAUGACUUCAGCACAUGAGAAUAGUUCAUUUUUUUAGUGUCAAGUUCAAGUAUAAAAGCUUUUCAAUUUCUGCUUAUUUUUUUGUAAUGAUGCAAUUAAAGCCACUGAAAAGGUCACUUGAUUAUUUUUACUUGUAUUUUUAUUUAGUAAAUUAAGAUGCUCCUUUAAUUAUAUAAAUGUCAUUUCUGAAGAAUGACAGUGUUGAUUGUUGAUCAUUUUCAGAAGGAUUUAGUCAUUUCUUGUUAACCAGUAUUAUUGAUUGAAAAAAUAACGUUACUAGAGCCUUAAGCAGUACAUAAGAUGUGUAUAAAUUAUGUAAAUUUCGAUGCAAAUCCAGCAUUUUUGAAACGUUUGUAUUUUAAUUAUUAAAAAAAAUGUCAUAUAGGUGAAAGUCUCAUCUAUCAGAGGAAGAAAACUUGACCUUAGCUUCAGAAUAGCUCAAAAGUUGUCCAUGAAUUUCUUUUUGUUUUAAUUCAAUAAUUAUUUAUCUCUUCUCGGUGAUCUGUGAAGUUAGAAGAUCCUGAUUUUACAGUUGAGGCAAUUGUUUUUUGUGUUAUGAAAAGUCAUUGCUGUUUGUGAUGUAUUUGUGAAGAUACUCAAGUAGUUGUGGAUAAUAUUUCUGUAACUUGGUUCUGUAUAUUCUGACUAUAGACCUUAGAUUCCAUUGUCCUUAGUCUCUAAAAAGUUCAAUAGUUAUGUGUUGUAAUAUAGGUUAACUACUCGACAAUGCGAUAAAUUCAAAUAUUCUUUUUUCAAGAAACCUUCACCACUGCGGCAAGAAACGUAUGUAUUUGGUGUCCUCAUUUUAAUCAUUUUAAGUUCUAUGUGUUAUACUUUCUUCUGAGGUGUAAAAAAUCUCUUUUCAGCGUUAUAACCCGUGUUUUUGCAAUAUUUUGUCAAGCGCAAGUAUUCUUUGUGAUAAAGCCAACCUAUUUGAAACCUUGUUAGUCUAAUAAUUGUACUCCAACCCGAAAGUUAGGGCUCAACAGUGAGCAUUGUCAAAGUUUCAUAUUGUAUAUUGAAAUCAUUUAAUUUCCAGUAUGAUAUAAGGCUAUUUUAAAGCAUUAAUGAAAUUUGAUUGAAUAACUUGAAAAUUGAUCAAAAUAGCGCCUAUUUUGUUUCAGAUAUUUUACUCCGUGAGCAUCAGAGUCAAGCAAACUAAGAUUAAAUAAAGAAAUAGAAUUUA